AUGUCUGGACUCCCGCGGCCAGGACCGCCGGUCAAGCGGAAUACCACGAGCAUGCGACCUCCCACGACGCGCCCGCCCCAUCUGGCGCGUGGCCGUUCAGCGACACCCGCCAUGGACGGCCGCUCAUCGAGAGCCGAAUCAGUAGCUUCCUCGGCGCGAGCUCCACGAUCAUCGCCUUUAAAGCGCAAGAUAGACUUCGAAAGCGAGGGAGGAGAAGAGACAAACAUCAACGUUGUCGUCCGGUGUAGAGGGCGCAAUGACCGCGAAGUGCGCGAGAACAGCGGCGUCGUCGUGUCGACCAACGGGAUCAGGGGCACUGCUGUAGACCUGUCUAUGGGCCCGAGUGCGCUGAGCAACAAGACAUAUCAGUUCGACAAGGUCUUUUCUCCGGCAGCCGAUCAGGCCAUGAUGUACGACGAAGUUGUGGCGCCUAUUCUGGACGAAGUCGUAGACGGCUUCAACUGCACAAUCUUUGCGUACGGUCAAACCGGCACAGGAAAGACAUACACCAUGACUGGUGAUAUCUCUAACGUCCUCCCUCUUCCAGAUGCCGCCGGCAUCAUUCCACGCGUUCUGUACGCGCUCUUCCAACGUCUCGAGACCGACGAAAUCGAGAACUCGGUCAAAUGCUCCUUCAUCGAACUUUACAACGAAGAACUUCGCGAUUUGCUUUCACCCGACGACGCGACAAAGCUGAAGAUCUACGACGAUAAUAGCAAGAAAGGCUCUACCACAACCAUGGUCCAGGGAAUGGAGGAGUGCCAUCUCAAGACUGCUGCCGAGGGUAUCACAAUGUUGCGCAAUGGAAGCCACAAGCGACAAGUAGCUGCGACCAAGUGCAACGACCUCAGUUCGCGAAGUCAUACCGUCUUCACUAUUACCGUCUAUAUCAAGCGAACAACAGAAGAUGGCCAGGAAUACCUGAGCGCCGGAAAGCUCAACCUCGUCGAUCUUGCGGGUAGUGAGAACAUCCAGCGCAGCGGUGCUGAGAAUAAGCGCGCAGCAGAGGCUGGUCUUAUCAACAAGAGUUUGCUAACACUGGGUCGCGUUAUCAACGCACUCGUCGAACGCAGCUCACAUAUCCCGUACCGAGAGUCAAAACUCACCCGCCUGCUGCAAGACUCGUUGGGCGGUCGAACAAAGACGUGCAUCAUUGCGACCUUGUCGCCAGCGAAGAGCAACCUCGAAGAGACGAUAUCCACCCUCGACUACGCCUUCCGCGCCAAGAAUAUCCGCAACAAGCCGCAAAUGAACCAGGCCAUCAACAAGAAGACCCUGCUCAAGGAGUACACAGCCGAAAUUGAGAAGCUAAAGAGCGAAUUAAUAGCGACCCGGCAGCGCAACGGUGUCUAUCUUACACAGGAGAAUUACGAGGAGAUCACAACAGUCAGCGAAUCGAGACGAAUCCUUAGCGAGGAGCAACGUGACCGACUCGAAACCAUGGAGGUCAACCUGCGCAACAAGGUGGAGGAUCUGUUCAAACUUACGACAAACUUCCAGACCUUGAAGAAAGACAACGAACAAACUCAACUAGCUUUGGACGGCACCAAGGGUAUCCUAGAGAAGACAGAGAUUGUCCUGGAGCACACGCGCCAAAAUCUUACUGAAGAGGCGGAAUUGCGAAAGGCGCAUCAGAAGACUGAGCAAGAGCUCGCAGAGGUUGGGAAAGAGAUGAUCUCAACACUCGGCAAGACCACAUCAGCUAUCGACGGUUUACGAUCGAAGAUUCGACGGAAGUCAGAACUUCAAUCGCAGAACCGACGGAAUUGGAAUUCUUCCCAAACCCAGGUUGUCGAUACCACCCGUAUGGUCGAGGACCGGAUAGAGGAGCUUCAGCAACAGCAAGAACAGUUGAUGAACGCGAUAUCGGAACGUAUGCAAGCUUUUGUCAGAGAUGAACUUGAGCAGCUUGGCGCCUCGCAGUCUUUCUUGCAGGAAAAGAUGGAGGCAUACCAGACUUCCGAACAAGAAGUCAACGGACAGACAGCUCAAGCGCGCGACCACAUGAAUGAAGUUCUGGAGGAGAUCAGGACUCUUCGAGAAGACGUCAAGACGAAGAUCGGCGCAGGCCUUGAUGAGCUCUCAGCAGCGGCGGAGACAAUCUCUGCGAACAUCAUCACGGAACUCGACGCCUUCCACACGCAAGUCCACGCGUCCUAUGCGGGGCUCGGCCGAGACUUCAAGACCACCUUUGACGAUCUAGUCAAGGAUCUGAACGACCAGCAAAUCGAGAACGAGCGACUACACCAACAGGUCGUAGAGGCCAACGCGGCCUUGGUCGAGGCGAACAAGACAUCUCAGGGCCAACUUGAGAAGGUCGUGAACGAGGAGAAACAGAAGUCAGCCGAAGACCGCCAACAACUGCUCUCACAGCUUACUGCCAUCAUCAACGCAAACGCCGACGCGCAAGAGAAGAGGUUAGAAGAGAAGCUUUCGGCUGUACGAGAGGAGAUGAACGCCGCCAACGCUGCGUUCGAGACGAAGCAAGAUGCUUAUGCUGAUGGCGUUAUUGCAUGGUCGGAUAAGUCGAGAGACAUUCUGGCGGGUGUGUCCAAGUCAAGAGAUGCCGUCAAGACCAAGAUCAAGUCAGACUUCGCAGCCGCGACCCAGCAUUCCACUUCGAUCAAGGACACGGCCACAUCCGUCCACGAGAGCACUGUCAAGACUGUUGAGGCUCAGAUGGCACACCUGGACACUCAGCUUCAGUCCUUGGAUGACAUCGUAGCCCGCAUCCGCGAACAGAACAACACCCACCACACCGCCCAUACAGCAUCGCUGGCUGCUUUGUCGUCAACAGUGGCAGCUUCAUACUCUAGCAUCGGCGAUCAUCUAUCCACUUCGUUCGAUCGCGUUCAGUCUCUUGAAUCGGACAUGUCAGCACAAGCAAGCACACUGAAGGAAACUUUACCAGCGCUUGCUGCAGAUGCGGACAUUCGUGCACCACUACACGAGCUCCGCGAAGUCGUCGGGUCCCAGAACCUGAUCGAAUACAACCCCACCGGCGAAACACCCCAGCGCGUCUCCUACACUAUUCCCUCCACUCUUCCACGCACCGAAGCACACGAGAACAUCCUCUCUCGUCUUCGAGACCGCCCCGCACCCGUCGACACCACCACACGUAGCCCUUCGAAACAACCCAUCUUCGACGACGCCACAGGAACGCUCAACCUCUCUUCUCCAACCGACAUAUUCGCCGACACGAGCAAGAAGCCCAUUUUCUCGCACUCCAUCAGUGCGCACGCCCACACCAUCUCGCACCUCCCCACAGGCAACCCUUCUUCCCUACGGGAGCUAGAUGUUAACGUGGUGGCGCAGGAAGCUCAUACCCAGCCACUUCCCCAUCUCGCAUCCCAGUCUUCUUGCGAUUCGCUGAACGGCGGCCCUCCGAAUAAGAAGGCGCGAACGAAUGGCGAUGAUACAAGUAAGCUUCCGAUGAAGAAGAUGACGAGGAAGACGGUUGGUGUCGCUGGCGAUCGUGGGGAUAGGGAGAAUAUUACGAAUUUCGGUAAUAGCGUUGGUCCGGGUCUUGCGGCUGGGCGAAAGUUGAGAAGUCAUGGGAGUGGGUAG